AUGCUUAUCACCGAUCUUCUUGUUGCUCUCCUAGCAGUCGCUGUUCACGCGGCCCCUACCGGAAACGUGCAUGAUAAAGGCUCUACAGAGCCCGAGCAUAUUCGCUACGAGAUCUUCAAAGCUAUGACUCUAGAUGAGAGACUGCAUCAUUACGAGGGCCGUAAGAUCUACAGACCUGACAAGACCCUGAACUGUCUCAAGGUGUGUAUCGAAAAAACUCCUGGUUACGACAUUCAGAAUGCGAACUAUGGCCAAAUGUGCAAGAACAGGGAAUCGAUGUUGGCCUUCGACAGAUGGUUCUACGGCGGCGAUGUCGGCCAAUGCAUAGAGGAGCAGAGAAUGGCAGAGCAGACAGCAGAGGUAGAAGCGGGCUUGAGAGAUGUCGAGAUGGAUGAGACCCCUUGCAGCAUUGCCUUCGCCCACUAUGAUGAGAGGGUUUGGGAGAUGUGCGACUAUAUCUGGCAGAACGUUACCAUUCCAGACGUAGAGCCUUCUGACAACUGGGAUGUUUGA